UUAAGCACCAGGCUAUUUUGCGACGGCGACGGUGACCGGAAGUGACUUUUUGUUCCGGUAGGCGUUCUGGAGUUGUCUGUCAAGUCGCCUUCGUUUCGCGCGAACGUGAGAACCUUCAUUUUGGCGUUGUAUCCAGAACCUUUGAGCAAAAGAUGUCGGCGCCCGCCUCCGAUGGAAAGGCAAAAGCUAUGGAGUGGACUGAAGAUCAUGAUGUUAUUUUGCUUCGAGAAAUCCUGGCGAGCGAUUUGUUUUCAUUCAAAAAAGGAAGUGUUGCCAGGGGAGAAAGGUGGGAAUCGAUCACAGAAAAGUUAAAUCAAGUGAAGACACUCUGUUUUCAUCUCAAAGAUAAGAGGGCAGUAAGAGACCGAUGGGUUCUUCUCCAGAAGAAGUAUAAGGCUAAGAUGCAUCAAGAAGAAACUGCAAGUGGAAUAUCCGUGGACGAUAUGUCUGAAAUAGAUGUUUUGCUAGAAGAACUCGUCGGGAAAGAAGAAAGCUUAAACAAAGUUGGUGAUGCUCAGUCAAGAAAGCAAAAAGAAGAUAAAAGCAAGGCAGAGGACAUAAGGCAGAAAGCUUUAGAGCGAUACAGCGAAACGGAAAAGCGAAAGUCAACAGAGAAUGGCGACGAAUGCGUGGAGAAACCGAAGCGCCAACGGAGAAGUGCUCGCACCGAACCACUAGUUGAAUUCAUGCAAGAGAAAGUCAAGACUGAGCGAGAAUUACGACAACAAGAGCUGGAUCUAAGAAGACUAGAGCAAGAGCAGAAUCAGCGAGUGAUGGUGACUGUCUUACAGCAACAACAACAAACAAAUCAAGCCAUUCUGUCGGUUAUUGAAAAGCUUCUUGAGAAGAAGGAAUGACAUUUUCCCUAAGUAUGAACAUGUAAAGUCAGUGUUUAUUUGUUUCAGAAAAAAGACAGGUAUUUGUUGAAAUUGAUGUCUUAUUAUUUACUUGCGUUUUGUGAAUUCGAAAAAAAAACCAAGUUCAUUCAUUAUUAUUGUUACAAGUUUGAUCACUUCUGCAUUGUUGACCACCAAGAAGAAUUCAAGUACU